CUGGUGGGUUUGGCGCUGUGGUUUGUGUUUGGCGCUGCAGGAACUCUGGAAACUUGCAUCAGCCGGGAGGAACCAGCGAGCCUGCCCCCGGGUCGCUCCGUCAUUUGGAGAAAGAGAAAAACAAUAUGGACACAACCUGCGGAACAAUUCAAAACUAAAUGAUAACUGAUAGCACUUUAAAGCGCCGGUGACCGUCCCUGAACGCAGCAGCAGAGACAGAGCGGGUUGAGGACACUGUGGUCGGUCAGCUCUCAUCAAGGUGGAUCUGUGUCAGUGUACACGUUGAGCAAAGUGCAAGGUCCCCUCGGAGCACAGAUAUGAGCUGCGACCAGCUCUGAGUCCGCCUCUCCUUCACUUUACCUCCUCUGCUAACUUAAAUGAGCUUUUUUUUUUUUUACUCUUUUAUUUUUUUAUAAGCUGGUUUUAUUAAAUAGUUUUUGCACCGAAGAAGAUGUCGUGCCUGUUGCUUGGAGUCGUGCGAAGACAUGGUGGUGUUGGGGCGAGUGUUGGAGUUCGCUCCCUGGCCUCCAUCCCCUCGCUGCCCCCGGCGGUGGCUGAUUUCGUGAAGGGAGCAGUGGACGAGUGUAAGCCCGCUGGUGUGCAUGUGGUGACGGGGACGCCGGAGGAAACGGCCAACAUUCUGGCAGGUCUGCAGAAGGAAGGGAUGGUCAAGAGGCUUCCCAAAUAUGACAACUGUUGGUUGGCACGUACAGACCCAAAGGACGUGGCUCGGGUGGAAAGCAAGACUGUGAUUGUGACCAAGAACCAGAGGGACACCAUCCCCAUCCCUGCCGGAGGGGUGAAGAGCCAGCUGGGCAGCUGGAUGAGCGAGUCUGACUGGCAGAGAGCCAGAGAGGAGCGUUUCCCCGGCUGCAUGUCAGGUCGGACCAUGUAUGUGAUUCCCUUCAGUAUGGGUCCUGUAGGCUCGACUCUGAGUAAAUAUGGCGUCCAGGUGACGGACUCGCCAUACGUAGUGGCCAGUAUGGGGAUCAUGACACGAAUGGGCACUCCUGUUCUGCAGAAACUUGCUGAAGGAGAAGACUUUGUCCGCUGUCAGCACUCUCUGGGACGACCUUUACCACUUAAAGCCCCUCUGGUCAACUCGUGGCCCUGUAACCCAGAAAAGGUGUUGAUAUCUCACCUGCCAGACCUCAGGCAGAUCAUGUCCUUCGGCAGUGGCUAUGGAGGAAACUCUCUCCUGGGGAAGAAGUGCUUUGCCCUUCGCAUCGCCUCCCGCAUCGCCAAGGAUGAAGGCUGGCUGGCAGAACACAUGUUGAUCCUGGGUAUCACCAACCCUCAGGGAGUGAAGCGGUACGUAGCCGCGGCCUUCCCCAGUGCCUGUGGUAAAACCAACUUGGCCAUGAUGAAACCAUCCCUGCCAGGCUGGAAGGUUGAGUGUGUGGGUGACGACAUUGCCUGGAUGAAGUUCGACAGUCAAGGUAAACUGAGAGCCAUCAACCCAGAGAAUGGUUUCUUCGGUGUGGCUCCUGGCACCUCAGACAAGACCAACCCGUAUGCCAUGGCCACCAUCGCCAAAAACACAGUGUUCACCAACGUUGGUGAGACCAGCGAUGGAGGAGUGUGGUGGGAGGGCCUUGAUCCCCCCGCAGCCGGGGUCACACUCACAGACUGGCACGGCAAAACCUGGAAGCAAGGAAGCUCCACUCCGUGUGCCCACCCCAAUUCCCGCUUCUGCGCCCCGGCGGCUCAGUGUCCAAUCAUUGACCCCAAAUGGGAGAGCGAGGAGGGCGUUCCAAUCGACGCCAUCAUCUUCGGUGGCAGGAGACCAGAAGGAGUCCCUCUGGUCUAUGAGUCUUUCAACUGGCAACAUGGAGUCUUUGUUGGAGCCGCCAUGAGGUCUGAGGCCACAGCAGCUGCUGAGCAUAAAGGCAAGGUGAUUAUGCACGACCCCUUUGCCAUGCGACCCUUCUUUGGUUACAACUUUGGCGACUACCUUGGUCACUGGCUGAGCAUGGAGAACCGAAAGGCCCCCACUCUUCUCCCCAAGAUCUUCCACGUCAACUGGUUCAGAAAGGAUGCGACUGGCGCCUUCCUCUGGCCCGGCUUCGGCGAAAACGCCCGCGUCCUGGAGUGGAUCUUCAAGCGCUGCGGACGGGAGAGCGAGGACGAGGCGGCCAGGAAGAGCAUUAUCGGCUGGCUGCCAGAAGAUGGCGCCAUCAACACUAAAGGUCUGAGCAGCAAGGUGGAUAUGGGUGCCCUGUUCCAUGUGCCUACAUCUUUCUGGCAGAAGGAGACGAAGGAGCUGAGAGCCUACUUCACUCAGCAAGUUGGAGCUGAUCUGCCGGCUCAGGUGGAGGCUGAGCUGAAGGCUCUGGAGGACAGAGUGCACAAUUAAAACCCUACUGACAGGAAGUUCCUCCAGGAACAGGGAGGCAGUCACUGAUGACACAGGAUUCAGAUCAUUAGGGUGCAAUCAGAGUCACUGGCUGGGUUUACAUACACAGAGAAUUUAGUGCUGAACCAGGUUAGCUGAGAAGACAGUUUGGUUUUAUCAAAGUAAACAAACACUUAGCUUGGAUAACCAGGUUGUUGUCACUGUGACAUAGAAACACCCCAUCCCUAUUUGGUUUUCAAACAACAUGGCAGUAGCUAGUAUGAGACAUUACUAGUACUUGCUGCUCUGUCAAAGAUGGUUUAUGGCAGCUACAUUUAGUAUGUGCUUAUUCAAUAAUUGCUUGAAUAAAAACCUAAGACCAAUAGCCAGGCCAGUAGUUAAUGUUCUCUGUGCUUGAAAACACAGUCAGUGACUCUUGUCUUUCUCUUUUAUGAAGGGGAAUCUGUCAGGAAUUAAAUGUCAGAUAUGGAAUUGACGGAGAAGCUAAUAAUCUACAAUGCAAUUUACCUUUUGGACACCACUUCACACUAAUGCUGCAACACUGAGGGACUGGUGCUGGGUUGGUGGUAGGAGGGAGGUUUGACUCUCAACAUGAAGGUUAGAUUUCUGUGAAGUUGUCAAACGUGUCAUGUAGAUACUGUCACUACCUCCAUUCACUCACAAGAGAAAGCAUGGUACUAAAGCCCAAUCAACAUGGCCCAGUAGUGCCUCUGAGAUAUUUAACAGUACAGUGUCUAGGAUGCUGUGUUUACAAGCUGAAGCCCAAAGAUCUUUUUUAGGCAAAAUUCUGACAAAGAGUAGAUCAAGUUUGAACGUUUUUACUCAUAGAAAGGUUUUAAGUGAAUUUUAGCAGCUCUUUUAAUACAUUAUUGACUGAGUCUGAAAAAAUGCCCUUUAUGUUAAAUUGAACUUGAUAUUAGAAAAUAUAUUAAUCAGAUGUACAAUAAAUACUCAAAACAUUGUAGCAGAUUUCCAGUGGACCCGAGAAUUACUAUGCUAGUUCAUCUUGUGACUUUCGUUAUGUUUGUGAUUAAAUUGUAUGAUUUCAGGUGAUGUUUACACACAAUAUGUGAAAUGUUGGACCAAUAAAUGCGAGUGAGAUUAUUAGGUAUUUUUAGAAGUUGUAUGCCAACGUUUUUAUUACAGUGCAAUGAAUAAAUAUCUUCAAAUGCAGAAA